UUAGGAUAAAUUUGAAAAAUAUGAUGAUUCUGCAAUUGCCGAUUAUGACAGAAAGAUCGACGACCUCACGGCGAAGAAAGUGCUAAAGAACGUUUCGCUUAUGUACUUUUCAGAGUUGAAAGAGCUGUCUAAUGUGGAGACGACGGAACGAUUGCAGGAAAUCACUACUGCGCUUCAAGAGAAGGUCGCCGGAAUGAAGGCACAGCUCGCCAAAUUGGAAUCUGCAGAUAAUCCCGUCAUCGCUGAGGAAGGAAAGAGAGCGAUUGAAAUGGAAGCUGCCAUUUCCAAAACCCUGAGGAAGCGCAAAGCUAUAGUAAGUUGUUAG